UUCAGUAUAUUUUCUACCCCUCGCCCAGUAGCUUCGUUUUUCCGGUCGCUCAGUCUCCUCUGAAAACCCUAAUAAUUCCCGCCACAUCUACUGUUCUUCCCGCCGACGUCGAACCCUCAGGAGGCGAAGACCCCCUCCCGCGGCCAAGUACGAGUGGAAAGAAGAAUAGAGAAUGGCGAAAGACGAGGAGGAAUUUCGAGGUGAGAUGGAGGAGCGAUUGAUCAACGAGGAGUACAAGAUAUGGAAGAAGAACACGCCUUUCCUGUACGACCUCGUGAUCACUCACGCCCUUGAGUGGCCCUCACUCACCGUGCAAUGGCUCCCCGACCGCGACGAGCCCGCUGGCAAGGACUACUCCGUGCAGAAGAUGAUCCUCGGCACGCACACCUCCGACAACGAGCCCAAUUAUCUCAUGCUCGCUCAAGUUCAGCUCCCCCUCGAGGACGCGGAGUACGACGCGCGCCAGUACGAUGACGAGCACGGCGAGAUCGGCGGCUUUGGCUCCGCCGGAGGAAAGGUUCAAAUUGUUCAGCAAAUAAAUCAUGAGGGAGAAGUUAAUCGAGCUCGCUAUAUGCCUCAGAAUCCCUUUAUAAUUGCAACAAAAACUGUUAGUGCCGAGGUUUAUGUUUUUGACUACAGCAAACACCCAUCAAAGCCUCCACUUGAUGGUGCAUGCAAUCCUGAUUUGAGGUUGAGGGGUCACAAUUCUGAAGGAUAUGGUUUAUCCUGGAGCCAGUUUAAGCAAGGGCACUUGUUGAGCGGCUCUGAUGAUGCUCAAAUUUGUUUAUGGGACAUUAAUGCUACUUCAAAAAAUAAAACCCUUGACGCUCUUCAGAUUUUUAAGGUACACGAUGGUGUUGUAGAAGAUGUUGCUUGGCAUUUAAGGCAUGAAUAUUAUUUUGGUUCAGUUGGUGAUGAUCAUUAUCUGCUCCUUUGGGAUCUCCGAACAACAAAUAACAAGCCAGUUAAAUCAGUAAUCGCUCAUCAAGGUGAGGUCAACUGCCUAGCCUUCAAUCCCUUCAAUGAGUGGGUUGUUGCAACUGGGUCUACUGAUAAAACUGUCAAGUUAUUUGAUCUUCGGAAGCUUGAAAGUGCACUGCAUACAUUGGACUGCCACAAAGAGGAGGUUUUCCAAGUCGGUUGGAGUCCCAAAAAUGAGACAAUUCUAGCAUCCUGCUGUCUUGGACGGAGGCUCAUGGUGUGGGACCUCAGCAGGAUCGAUGAGGAACAAACACCCGAGGAUGCUGAGGAUGGCCCACCAGAGUUGCUGUUCAUCCACGGUGGCCACACCAGCAAGAUCUCUGAUUUCUCAUGGAAUCCCUGUGAAGAUUGGGUGGUUGCGAGCGUUGCAGAAGACAACAUCCUCCAAAUUUGGCAAAUGGCAGAAAACAUAUACCACGACGAAGAUGAUUUGCCUGGUGAUGAACCUCCCAGAGCUUAGCAGCCGUAUAUAUAACGCUAAUUAUGUCAAAAGGCUGGUAUGGCAAAUGUAACAUCCUCCUAAUGCACCUGCAGUCUACCAUUGCUGUUGCUGCUCGUCUGCAGAUUGCCUUUUCUGGCCAGUCUUGGAUUUAUGUUGGUACAAGUUCUAAGUUAAACUCUUAAUUGCGUGAGUUUGUUGUGUAACGCAAGAAACGCUAUAAUUUGUGGAAUUAUUAGGAUCUGAUUUAUAGAAGUAUUUUUAUUGCUAAA